CCGCCCCGCCCUAGCCCGGCAGCCCUUUCAGGGCCGGGUGUCCUGCCCGCGGCACCCUCGCACCCUGCGCACCCUCGCCUGUUCUCCCUCCCUCCCGCCUUUCCAGGGUCUCCCGUGCCCCCUCCCUCCUUCCCCGCCUCCUCCGUUUCUCCCUGCCCCUCCGCUCCCUCCCGGCGCCGCGUCUCGCCCGACAUGGCGAGCAGGGACGGUAGGAGCCCCCCUCCCUCGCCCCGGCCCGGCGCUGGGGUGUGAGGGUGCCCCGGGAUGGCGGAGCGGAGCUGGGGCGCUCCGGGGCUCCUCCCCGAGGCGUUUCCGCGGGAGGCGGGAGCGGGGAUGGCCGGCUGCAGUGUCUGUCGGUCCUGCCGGCUGCAGUGUCGGUCCUGCCGGCUGCAGUGUCGGUCCCGAGGGUCCUGCCGGACCCGCGCUCCUGUCCCGCCCCGCCCCGGUAGAGCCCCGGCCGGGGCUGCGGCCCCGUUCACCCCCUCCGCCUCGGUUCAUGCCUUCCCUUCCUGCAGUGCUGGAGGACACGGUGGAGGAGCGUGUCAUCAGCGAGGAGUACAAGAUCUGGAAGAAAAACACCCCCUUCUUGUACGACCUGGUGAUGACACACGCCCUGGAGUGGCCCAGCCUCACGGUGCAGUGGCUGCCUGAUGUCAGCAGGCCAGAAGGAAAGGAUUAUGCUUUGCACUGGCUGAUUUUGGGAACACACACGUCUGAUGAACAGAACCACCUGGUUGUUGCCAGAGUCCAGAUUCCCAACAAUUAUCAGUUUGAUGAUUUGAAGUCUGACAGUGAGAAAGGAGAAUUUGGUGGCUUUGGAUCUGUGACAGGCAAAAUUGAGAUGGAGAUUAAAAUUAACCAUGAGGGUGAAGUGAACCGUGCCCGUUACAUGCCUCAGAAUCCCUGCAUCAUUGCAACAAAAACACCCUCUGCUGAUGUGCUGGUGUUUGACUACACUAAACAUCCUUCAAAACCAGACCCAAGUGGAGAGUGUAAUCCUGACCUUAGAUUAAGAGGACACCAGAAGGAAGGCUAUGGCUUAUCAUGGAACGCAAAUUUGAGUGGACAUCUUCUCAGUGCAUCAGAUGAUCAUACUGUGUGUUUAUGGGAUGUAAAUGCUGGACCCACAGAGGGCAAGAUUGUUGAUGCAAAAGCCAUCUUUACGGGGCACUCUGCAGUAGUGGAAGACGUGGCAUGGCACCUGCUCCACGAGUCUCUGUUUGGAUCCGUGGCAGAUGAUCAGAAGCUUAUGAUCUGGGACACAAGAUCUAAUGCCACGUCCAAGCCGAGUCACUCCAUAGAUGCUCACACAGCCGAGGUCAACUGCCUGUCCUUCAGUCCCUACAGCGAGUUCAUUCUGGCAACUGGCUCUGCUGACAAGACGGUGGCUCUGUGGGAUCUUCGAAACUUAAAGCUGAAACUCCAUUCUUUUGAGUCUCAUAAGGAUGAGAUUUUUCAGGUUUACUGGUCUCCUCAUAAUGAAACCAUUCUUGCUUCAAGUGGUACCAAUCGUCGCCUUAACGUAUGGGAUCUGAGUAAAAUUGGAGAAGAGCAGUCUGCAGAGGAUGCAGAAGAUGGGCCUCCUGAGCUGCUGUUUAUUCAUGGAGGACACACUGCCAAAAUUUCAGACUUCAGUUGGAAUCCUAAUGAGCCUUGGGUAAUCUGUUCUGUAUCAGAGGACAACAUAAUGCAGAUAUGGCAGAUGGCAGAAAACAUUUACAGUGAUGAAGAACCAGAUAUAACAGCAGCUGAACUGGAAGCUGAAGGAAUGUAACUUUUCUUCUUUAAGGAACUACAGGGAAUGACAUGGAUAUAUAAUUUGACUACUGUAUAUAUAAAAUAAAGCCCUGAAAAAAUGCUCAAAACCAAAUACCAAACCAAAAAACCCACAAUCACUGGGCAGAGGCAUUGCAUCAAAACAAGAAUAUUCCUAAUUGGAUUAAGCAAAAAGCUUGUAUAAUCAAAUUGUCAUGGGAUACCCUUGGUUCUGUGGCACUUUGAGCUGUUGUAUACUGUACAGCAAUUAGCUUAAAAGAAAAUGAGAAUGACUUAAUACCUAUGUCUAUAUUUUUAAAUAAAUUUGUGUGUUCCAAAU